UGUUGACACUUUUUAAUUGUGAGAUUAAUUUGGUGAUUGUAUGUUUAAUUGUUCUUGGUUUAAUUAUAAUGGCGGUUAAUAGUUUAUUGUCUUCUAGUUUGUUAAUUGGCAGGAUUGGUUCUUGUUCGAGAUUGUUUUCCAAUAAAAGGUUUGCCAGUACGUUGAUUAUUGGUGAUCACAAACAAGGUAAACUUGAUCCAAUUACCCUGAGCUGUAUCACUGCUGGUAAACAACUUGGACAUGAUAUUGAUUGUUUAAUUACUGGUGAGGGUAUUGGAGAGGCUACCAAAGAAUUGGCCAAGGUUGACCUUUUAAAGAAAAUAAUUGUCGCCGAUGAUCCCGUUUUCAAGGGAAUGUUACCUGAAGUGAUUGCAUCUCUGGUUGUUGAUCUGCAAAAGGCCAAUGGUUAUACUCAUAUUCUUUGUGGAGCAAAUGCUUUUGGUAAGAAUUUAAUUCCUCGAAUUGGUGGACAUUUAGAUGUAUCUCCAGUUUCCGAUAUCAUUGGAAUCAAAGACGAUUCGACCUUUGUCAGAACAAUCUAUGCUGGUAAUGCAAUUCAAACUCUUAAAGCUAAAGAUUCAAUUAAGUUGAUUUCUGUUCGGGGAACCAAUUUUGAAAAAUAUCCACUUUCCGAUUCGGCAAAUGUACCAAUUGAAACAUUGGACAAAGUUAAUGUUAAAAGUGAUGCUGUUGAAUGGAUCACAUCAGAAUUAACUAAAUCAGAAAGGCCUGAGUUAACAGCAGCUUCAACCGUUAUUUCUGGUGGUAGAGGGAUGAAGAAUGGUGAAAAUUUCAAACUUCUUUACGAUCUUGCUGAUAAAUUGGGAGCCGCUGUCGGUGCAUCAAGAGCUGCAGUCGAUGCUGGAUUUGUACCAAAUGAUUUACAAGUCGGUCAAACUGGUAAAAUUGUCGCUCCGGAACUCUACAUAGCCGUUGGCAUUUCCGGGGCCAUUCAACAUCUCGCCGGAAUGAAAGACUCGAAAACUAUUGUUGCCAUAAACAAAGAUGGAGACGCUCCUAUUUUCCAAGUUGCCGAUUUAGGCCUUGUCGCUGACCUUUUCAAAGCGAUUCCCGAGAUGAGUGAGAAAAUUGAUUCUUUCAAAUCAAAGUGAUCAACAAAUUUACAAGAUAAUCAACAACAGAUGAUUAAUAUCCCAUUUUACAGGAAAAAAAAAUAUAUAAUGAACAAGAAAUUUGUACAAUUGUAUUCUUACAACAAUUUGUCACCCGUUGAUUAAAUUGAAAAGCUGAUUUAUAUUUUCAA